CGUUAGCUUCCUAUUUGCCGAUUAGUUGGCUCGCUUAUUCUCCCACUCGUUGAUCUGCCCAUUUGUUCACCCGCAUGCCUGCGUGUUCUGGCCCCUCCCCCCAAAAAAGGAAAACAAAAAAAAACGUAAAAUAAAAAGUGAGAAGUAACAAAUAGGAGAAACUUCCCCAUGAUGAGAUAAACGCGGCGGCCGAGGAACCUACGACGCAGUAGCCGUUUUCACGCUCGCACAGUACGCGGCGUGGCAGCGUGACAGCGUAACGGCGCACCCCUCAUGGGCGCGGGAGGCCCUACAAAACAUCGCCGCAGAGGAAGAGAUAGGAUAGGGAAGCGAUAGGAUUGGAAAGAGAUACGAUCGUGGAACAAUGAAGCCAUCCUCAAGAAAGUUGCCCUUUUUUUUCCCCCUUUUGACGUUUUUUUUGUUCCUCUUUAAGUAUGGCUUGGUUAGGGGGCUGUACGAAACGAAGGCCUACCCGCUGAUCCACCUGAUGACGAACAGAAACAAAUAUGUUGGGUCGAGCAAUUAUAUGAUUAAGAGCAAUUUGAUAAACAUACUGACCCUUUAUAAAGAUGUCAAAUUUGAAGGAGACACUUCCACCAUAGAUGACCUAAUAGACGUGGAUGACGAAACAAAAAUCGAAAGGCUGGUGAAGGAGAAAAUGCAAACCAUCAGCAAGCAUGUGAGCUCACGACAGCUGGUUAAAUACUCUGGGCUCAUCUACCUAUACGAAAUUGUGUAUGCCAGCAAUUUUUAUUUUUUGCUGCACUUCAUUUUGAGGAAUAACAACAAUGGGGUGGUGAUAGUGGUGCCGGAGGAUUUGCACAUAGACAAGGGGGAGUACCUGCGCGUUAACGGGGGGGCGUCGACGAGUAGCGCCACCGAUGAGCGAAGCAAUGCUAACGAGAGCAGCGCCAAUCAAAGCAGCGCCAAUCAAAGCAACGCCAACCAAAGCGCCGCUAGCCAAAGCGCCGCUAGCCAAAGCGCCUCUAGCCAAAGCACCGCCAACCACAUCAGCGAUGACCUGCUGGAGAGGCGAAUCCUGUUCGCCCAAGCGUUCCUGCUAAACUUCAAACUUAACCAACCGGUCUAUUUCGUAAAGAACAACCAGGAGGUGGAGCGCAUUUACCAAAACUACAAGGGCAAGUUCGGCCUCUUCGACUUAACCAGAAAUGUGAGCAUCAUGCCACUGUCCAAAAAUCAGCACAGAAAUAAAAUAGGCGCAAAAAACGUCUUCUUUUUUUUAAGCAAAGAUAAUAUUCACAUAAGUUCCGUAUUUAAUAAGAGCAAAAAUAAUGAAACUUUUCUCUUUACGAAAAGGAAAACAAUCGUCAUCGCGAUGGAUUACAACGUCUUCAGCAUUAUAAGUGCGCACCCCUCCCAUAGCACAGCGACAAAUACACAGGUGAUUGCCAUGACGGAAUUAAUAAAAUUAUUUUCCCAAGUGUACAAAAAUGAGGAGGUCAAUUAUAACAUUUUAUUUUUUUUCACCAAUUAUUAUUUUGGCAUAGAUCAUUUUCUCGAUUCGGUGAAUGUCAUAUUUAGGGAAAACAUUCAAUUUGUUUUAACUCUGGGCAGUUUGAACGAUGAGGAUUUUAUUAUUCACCAGAAUAAGAAGCUACCACCUGAUCAUGUGCUACGUUUUUAUGACAUUCUGAAAGGAGUGUUGAUGAAAAAUCUCCAUUUGGAAAUCCAAUUGAGCGAAGAAAAAAUAAAAACGCACAGCAAACAUCUGCCAUGGCUCCAUGAAUAUUUCGAAUUAAAAAAUGUUGACAGUUUUACGUUAAGCACAAAAGGGGAGAUCCUAAGCUUUAUUAACAAGACGCCCUUGAUAGAGCAGAAGAUAAAACCAGACGUCGUGAAGGCGCAUAUUAAAAAUAUAUUCGAGGCGUUGUAUGUGUAUAUCAAAUCACCCAAGGAGGAAAGUGCAAACGAGAAGGACAUGCACAAUGAGGUGCUAAACUACACCAACCAGAUGAUAGCCGCGGAAGAAUUUAUUCCCCUAAAUGAAAGUCUUAACAAAUUUAUGAAAUUCUUUGUGUACCAGGUCGAGGUGGGGAAGUUUAUCAAUUACGUAAAGAUGAUUGUCAGUCCGUUUGUCACCGACUCGAAUUUCCUCGUCACGGAUUAUAUAAUCCCGCACGAUAAGAAGCAAAAAUAUUUUUACCAAAAAAGCGCCGUCAUCACCUUUUCCAUGGCCAUUUCCUACGUCUUCCACUACCUCCACUUUUUGCUCGUCGCCCUCUUUUUGGCCCUCGUCUACAUUUUUGUGAAUUUCCACGCCGUCCCCUCGUUUUACAAAGCGAAGGCCGCGUAGUGUAGCGGUUGCUUGGUGCAGCGGUUGCUUAGCGUAGCGGUUGCGUAGCGGUUGAGCUGUUGGCUGCCGCUCUGUUGCUCUGUUGCACUGCUGCACCGCUGCUCUGCUGAUCGCCCUCUUUUUUCAUAAUUCGAACCUUCAACUUAACAUUAUUAAGCCGUACAUCUAGGCACACAGC